GGCGCUGGUGACGUGCACUGCGGCGGGCGGUUUGAAGGCGUUGAGCGGUCGGGCGUUGUUGUUGCCGCGCGGAUGGAUCCGCUGCCGCGAACUAAGAGAACAAAUAAAACAGCAACUAAUGGAAUAUAAUACAACAUUUCAUGCAGGUGAAGAAAGCAUUCCUGACCAAGCCAUAGAAGAAAAGCUAAUUGAAGCUACUACAGAAGAUCUGGAAAGAGAAAUGGAACAAGUGAAAAUCUCCUUUCACAACAAAACACUGGUGUUACAAAGGAUUCAGCUUAUGGAUGCCCUGAGAACCAAACUUCGAUAUAAUGAUGGUGACUCAAAGUUGAUUUUGGAAACUGUAAAACACAUCAUAAUGCUUAGUACUGCAAUCCUUGAAUCUCAGCAGCAAGCACGUGAGUUGGAAGAAAAACUGAAUGAGAUUAAAAAAAGGAGAUUUGCACUAAAGCAAGCUGGAGAACACACAUUGCUACAGAUACACACUCUGAAGAAAAAACAAAAAGAGGAACUAGAGGGCAUGGAAGUGGGUGAAAUGUUAAAGAGAGUAUGUAGAAACUUGCAAAAAGAAACACAGAUGACUACAUUAAUUCAAAAUAUCUUCCAGAGCAUCAUUUUUGGCAGUAAAGUCAACUGGGCAGAGGAUCCUAUUUUAAAGGCAAUUGUUCUACAACUUGAGAAAAAUGUGAACAGUAUCUGAAUAAGCCAAAGAGUCUUUUUAAGCUAUAGUUUUUAUAUAAUAUGCACCAAUAAACCAGCGUUCAACUA